AAUCCCAGCAGCAGCCUGAUGCCUCGUCACCGGAAGUUUGUAUUUUAGUAUAAAAGCAUUUCCGCCUUAACUGACGGUCCUUUCCUGUCUACGGCCUUUCGGAAGAUGGCGGUGCAAAUCUCCAAGAAGAGGAAGUUCGUCUCGGAUGGUAUCUUCAAGGCCGAGCUGAACGAGUUCCUGACUCGCGAGCUUGCUGAGGAUGGUUACUCUGGCGUGGAGGUGCGUGUGACACCUACCAGGACUGAGAUCAUUAUUCUGGCCACAAGGACCCAAAAUGUUUUGGGAGAGAAGGGUCGACGCAUCAGAGAGCUGACCGCUGUGGUCCAGAAGAGGUUUGGUUUUCCUGAAGGCAGUGUGGAGCUCUACGCUGAGAAAGUUGCAACUCGUGGUCUGUGUGCCAUCGCUCAGGCAGAGUCUCUGCGCUACAAGUUACUGGGAGGCCUGGCUGUGAGGAGGGCUUGUUAUGGUGUCCUGAGGUUCAUCAUGGAGAGCGGUGCCAAGGGCUGUGAGGUGGUUGUGUCUGGUAAGCUGAGGGGUCAGAGAGCCAAGUCUAUGAAAUUCGUGGACGGCCUGAUGAUCCACAGUGGAGAUCCUGUCAACUACUAUGUCGACACAGCAGUCCGUCACGUCCUGCUGAGGCAAGGUGUACUGGGUAUCAAGGUCAAGAUCAUGCUGCCCUGGGACCCAAGUGGUAAGAUUGGCCCCAAGAAGCCUCUCCCUGACCAUGUCAGCAUUGUUGAGCCCAAGGAAGAGAACCUGCCCACCACACCCAUGUCUGAGCAGAAGGGAGCCAAGCCAGAGGUGCCCGUUAUGCCCCAGGGUGCCCCUGUGCCCACUGCGUAAGAGGGUUUUCAAAGGACGGAAGAACAACCCCAUGUUUUGUGUACAAAAACAAUAAAAUCUGAAAAAUUA